UCCCCGUCGAGGGGCCAUGCUAUGGUAGACGGCUCCAGAGGCACCCACGGCUUCUCUGAGCACAUCAGGACCAUGAGGACCCAUCUGUACCUUUUGCUUCUCACCGUGGGCAUCUCUGCCACUCCUCUGCGGAGCAACCUGGCUGAGCUACAGACGUGGCUACAGCAAAUCUAUCAGUCAGUGGACAUGCUGAAUCUGAGGAUUGAAACUCCAGUUUCUGCAGAUGAUGAAAAUUGCAUCAAAACAUUGUUUGAAGGAACGGCACUGUUGAAAAAUAAUCCCGAGAUGAGGAGAUUCGGCACUUUCUUCCAGAGUUUUGACAAACUGAGGCCAUCCCUCACAGCACAACUGACAGGAGAGGGAGAAUGUGACACAGAAAGGAAGAAUGUAAAGAAAUUCAUAGAAAAACUGAGAACGUUCAUCCGAAAAUUAUCAAGAGAUGCAAGAGUGUAAAUUGCAACUUCCCGGAGUCACCGUAAGCUUAAACAAGCAGCAGAACACGUGUUUGUUUUAAACGUGCUCCUUCUUUGUGUUCAGAUUGCAAAGGUUACCUCUUCCAUCCAGCAGUGCAGUGCUGGCUCACAUUCAGAAUGGGAUCUCAGAAAGUACCGAUGCCAAAAAGCCACUCAUAUUUGUAGAUGAAAUUGCAGAUGCUCGCUGAUGAAGCAAACAGCGCAGGGUACGAUGGAAAUAUUGGCUAAUCCCAAACCCUUCCGGUUCCACAUGCAGAGCUCACGUUGACUUCAGAACACCCGCAGAAGGGUGGAUACAGACGGGUGUUUGUAUCUCACCCCUUUCUUGGCCACUGCUGGGCCACGAGUGCCAAGCAGUGCGCUGGGAUGUGGGAUGGGUGCUUCCUUUGCCUUUCUGGAAGAGCAGGUCCCCCAGUCUCAGGAGGGGACUACAUUCUACUACUACUACUACAGCACACAUUCUAACCACAGGAGCCACGUUUUCAGGUUUAAGGCCAAGUUUCUGCUGGAAAUGUUUGCUGGUAUCACAUAACCUCAGCACAGCAGGGUCUAAGAUGGGCAUUAUUCUUGAUAGCAUGUUUAGAAGAGCAAGAACCCACAUAUAGACCAAUACACAACCAAUGUCGCAGAAUAGUUAAUCUUCCUCAGGGAAUCGGUAUUGGCUAUACUGGGAAAAAUCUCAGUGUUAUAACGGGUCAGUAAUUAAGAGGAUUAAUUAGUGUAAUUAUACCAGCAAAAGUUUCCUAGUUCAGAACUGGCUUUGCCACUGCUUUGGAGGCAGAUGAGGGUGACCUACAAAUGCACCUUCACGUAACGCCCUGCCUUUCAUGCCCUGCACAAGCAUUGCUAUGCAUAUACCUACAUCUCCCACUGGCAAGCAGUAGGAGAACGCCGUGCUGAUGCUUUGCAGCCUGGUCACAACCUUUCUUAAGCACUGAGAAAUGCAGCCUGGUGUUCUCCUUCACCUGCAGCUUUUGUGGAUCGGGGGAGGUGGGGCUACUGAAGGUUAAAUGACACAGAUAUGUGCCUCUGUGAGAUGGCACCUGUUUUGUGACGCUAGCAGUGACAACGGGAAUGCUUUGAUCGCUCUGAGUGUAUAUGUAUGGUGUCAACUAAGUUAUAUCGUACUUCUUAGAUAUACGUAUUUUGGAGAAAAUAUUUAUUUUGUAUUUUUG